GGCGCUUGCCGUUGCGUAAUUCGACAGCUACAACUCGACCGUUCAACGGCAGUGUACUGACACAUGUUCAGAGUCCUGCCAAGAGAUCUACGCUUGGACACGACGCUGAAGUGUGGUCAGUCUUUUCGGUGGCAGCAGCACAAGCAGAAUGGCUUGACGACGUAUCGCUGUGCUCUGCACGGCCGGAUAGUGUCCUUGACACAGCAUCCUACUCACAUCGCCUAUGAUGCUCUUCCCAAGCUCGAAGAUACAGAAGCCCUGCUGCGAGACUAUCUCAGCCUGCAAGUACCCUUGUCGGAUCUCUACGAGACUUGGGCAUCAAAGGAUAAGCACUUUGAAAAGGUGUCAGCAUCCUUUCUCGGGGUGCGCAUGUUGAGGCAAGACCCGCUCGAGUGUCUAUUGUCCUUUAUAUGCUCUACGAACAACAAUAUCCCACGUAUCACAAUGAUGGUGCAAGCUCUGUGUCGAGAAUACGGCGCUUCAUUGGGAACACAUCCCGAUGACGGGAUUGAGUACUAUGACUUUCCUGUUUUGGAUGCACUUCAACAUCCGUCAUUGACAAAAGAAUUGAGAGAACUUGGAUUCGGCUACAGGGCCCCAUAUAUUGCCAAAACUUGCAGUAUGCUUGCUGCACUGCCACCGACACAUUUGCAUGAUUUGCGCUCCCGACCAUAUGCAGAUGUGGUUGCAGCCUUGCAAGAAUUCUCUGGCGUCGGACCCAAAGUCGCUGAUUGUGUUGCACUUAUGUCUCUCGACCAGCAUGCUGCUAUCCCAGUCGACACGCAUGUCAUUCAAAUUGCGAUGCGAGACUACAAGUUUCGCCCAAAGCCAGCACCGAAGAAGAAUGGCAAACGAGCGCCACGACCUAGUCAAGGGAAAUUGGUCAUGAAUGAACGCGUUUAUGGUGAAAUCAGAACCUUUUUUCAAGACUUGUGGGGGGCUUAUGCCGGCUGGGCUCACUCUGUCCUGUUCGCAGCAGAUCUCAAAGCACUUCAGGCAGGAGCAGCAGAGGAGGCCAUUGAGCAUAUUGUCAAGGUGCCGAAUCAGUAGAGGAGGAAGCAAAGGUCUUGGUUGAAUCGCCUCUGAAGAAGCUGCGCCUUGCAUGAUGGACUUCUUAUUUGCAGAAAGAUGGCAGUGGGCCUCACCAGCACGAUUAGACACUUUGGCUACACUGCAGAGCUGAUAGCCUGAUACUGCUUCCUGCAGUACACUCUGAAUCGUUUCUCGCCUCAGACACUCGGAUACAGGGUCACAGUCAUCUGACAAGAUUAAAUAUGUACUCACGCAUUGCUAUAUGCU